CUUAAAUUCGAGACUAUUUUAUAAGAAACCUGGAAAAAUGAUAUUAAUCUGAUAAACAAUUAAGUGGUCUGUGCAAGUGAAUCGGCAGUAUUUCAAAGGGCAACUCAAAGCAAAGAACGUCUUAAUUUAUCAGAGGAAAAACGAAAUAAUUGCAAGCCAUACAUACAUAUUAAAAUGACUACCUAUACAAGGAAAUACUGGACACUUGUACUCUACCUCUUUUCUUUUUCACUUUCCUUGAUCGGCGGCUCCUUCAUAUUGCCAGAGAAUGACCCUCCCACAACGGCGCCAAAGUUCUUAUCCAGAGGUCACUUGUACAAGGUCAUCGUGGGGGAGACCAUCGAGCUGCCCUGCAAAGUACAGAACCUCGGCUCCUUUGUGCUCCUGUGGCGAAAGGGCUCAUCCGUGCUCACAGCCGGACAUUUGAAAAUAACAAGGGAUCAGCGCUUUAAGAUAGUGGGCGACUAUAACUUGCAGAUCAAUGGAGUAAAGACUCAAGACGCUGGAGAUUAUAUAUGCCAGCUGGGAGAUCAGGAGAACCGUGACCAAGUUCACACGGUGGAAAUCUUGGUUCCGCCCACCCUGAGGGCUCUGCCUCAUAACGGCCAAGUGACUGCCCGGAAGGGAAGCACCGUCACCCUGGAAUGCAAGGCGUCUGGUAACCCGGUGCCCACCAUAUUUUGGUUCAAGAAGGAUGUGUUUUCCGGGCCAACACACCUGUCGGAUAGCUCUACACUCAUAUUGGAAAACGUGGACAGGCACCACGCAGGCACAUAUCAAUGCUCAGCCGACAACGGGGUUAAAGAUCGCGUAUCCAUGGACAUUCAGUUGACCAUUCUCUCGCCCCCCGAAAUAACGGUAGAGAAAUCUUGGGUCCACGCAUCUGAGGGAUACGAUGUGGAGCUCGUUUGCAUAGUUCAUGGAGAUGUAAACUCAGAAAUGCUGUGGUACCAGAACUCAUUUCUACUUGAUGCUACCGAUCGGAGAUCUAUGUAUCCACGAGAUGAUAGGUACAGCCUGAUUAUCCGGAACUUCCAGCCAACGGAUUUCGGAAAUUAUAGCUGUGUUGCGGAUAAUGCUUUGGGGAGAACAAAAAAGUAUAUUGAAGUGUCUGGACGACCUGGUCCUGCUGACUUCAUAUCUCCCGCGUUGAGUGGAUUCCUAGAUCACUACAACUUGACGUGGACAAUUGAGUCAAUACCGCCGCUUGAUGAGAUUAAGCUGUUGUAUCGCCGUUUGUUGAUGAAUGAAACCUACCAGCACCCUGGCAAAUGGCACGAGUAUCAUAUCAAGCCAACGCCAAUCAGAACUGAUGGAUCCCACUUUCUAAUGUCGUAUCUCGUCAAAAACUUGGAACACAACGCUGUCUAUGAAGCGAUUGUUCAGGCUAAAAACAAAUACGGAUGGAACGAGAUAAGCGAUAUCCACCAGUUCUACACGCGAAAUCAUGAUCUACUCCUAGAUAUCGACAUGGAAUACAAAAUGGGCAUUUCAAGCAAUAUUAGAAUAUCUCCAACUGUCUCCGGAAUAAUUUUGUCUGCAUUUAUUUUAGUACUCUAUCCCAUCAUUAGUGUUUAAGGAACAACAAGUAGUAGGGUUUAUUUGCAAAUAUAAUUUAAAUGGUGCCUUACUAAAACUUUAGCAAAUAAUUAAAUUUACAUGUAUGUACAUUAAGAAAUCGUAUUAAAUGUAUUAAAAUCUUAAUAGAAUACUUCUCUCAAUAGAAAAUUAAUGAAUGUACUUCCGCAAUGGUUUAAGAUAAGAAACGGAUCUUAACUUUUUAUUAUUUUUUUUCACAAAUAUUACCAAAAGAGUGAUUUGUUAUCAGAACAACAAAUCAUCAAUCAAUUUAUUCGGUUUGCAUUAUGUACUAGAGUCAUGUAUGAAUAUUUUGGAGUUAUGAAACAAUUGUGUUUAAUCAUUUAAAAUUAUUUUGGUAUCUCAUCCAAAUCCAAAUAACGUUAGCCUUAGUGUUUUAAAGAAGGAAAUGAAUCUGGGAAAAUUGUUAAGCUCAGCAUCCCAUUUGCCCGAUCCAUGAACUGAGUACCGGAUUAUAUCAUAAUUACUCUCUCGAAAUGAUAUAAUAAGUCAGCCUGAACGAGCAGCUGAUUGAUAAGAAAUAAUAGAUGCAAGAGUAGGUCAUUGAUUAGAAUACACUUAUCCAAAUACGAUCGGCGAAUUAAAUCGAAUAGUACAUACGAAAAAUUCGUAUAUUGGCACAAAGAUAUACAUAUGUACAUAAGCACAAGUACUCGUAGUUUCAAACAUAUUCUGAUUGGCGGAGUUAAUAUCUCAAAGCAGAUUAAAACAUAUACCACGUUUAUACGAUGCAUAUCCCUAUAUCUCCCAUGUUGGGUACACAUUCAUUUUAUUCAUUUCUGAGUUGGAUAGUUUACUAGCUAACCUUUAUAAUUCUCGUCCGAUUUGGGAAUUCAUUCAUCGUGGUACAAAAACCAGUUCACCUGAAAGGAAAAAAAAUUUGUAUUUUAUUGUAAAUUGAACCCCUUUGUUAAAUGGAACCACUAUUUUUCUCCCAUUAUUGGUAGUGGAUAUAUGCAAAACCUAAAGAACAUUCACAACAUUAUAGAUCACCAUUAAAAUUCAAAGCUGAAAAAAGCUUACCAACUUCAUAUAGAAACUUUAAGGAAUACAGUAUAUACCCUCCUGUAAUCAUAAAAUACAUAAAUACAUAUUGCAAUAUCGUUCAACGAUUGUAGAAUAAAAGGAACUUAAAAAUUAAAUAUAGAACUUUAAAUAAUUAUGUAAUAAGAACCAUCGGUCUGGAAGAGAAACUUCCUCAGUUUCUUAAAUUAGUCUGUGUAGUGGGAUUGUUUAUGUUAAUUAUAAUUAAAUUUACAAACAGAAAAUAUAUUCAUAUAUAAUAUUGUGCAAUAUUGUUUAACAAAAAAUAUUUUAAUUCACUUUUUAAAUGUAUGAUUGCUGUCUUCACUUUUCCUGAAUUAAAGAGUUUAGUUAAAUAAUUUCUAAGUUUAAAGAAGAUGUAGGACGAUUCCUCUAUUAGUUUAAACUAACACAUCUUAAACGAAUACUAAAACUCCAUAUUAUUAGAGAAAUCCUUAGAUACAUAAUCAAACAUUAACAUAUUAAUAGUCUUAAUAAAAUUAACAAAAAAUAAAACAAAUGUAUGAUACAAAAUUAAUCUUUUAAACCGGGAUAUAUUGAAAGUAGUAAUUAUAUUAAUAAUUAUUUUGUAAGUUUAUACGUACAAGUAUGUGCGCAAUAUCCGUAAAAUUUGGAACGUAUUAUGGACAUAAUGAUAAACAUAAAGUAUCUUUUAUUUUAAUUAUAAGUGUUCUUAAUCGUAAGAAAUAGAGAAUAUCUCAUUAGUGUUAUAAUUUCGAUAAAAAAGAUUUACUUUAAAUUAAGCGUGUAAGAUCUACCUACUAAUAAUGAAUGGCAUUAUACAUAACAAACUUAAAAAGCACGAAUAAAUCAUUUUACUAGU